GUCAGCUCUCAGGAUGUUACAAAGACAACUCCUGCAAGCCCAACAGAAAAAGGGCAGAUCACCACAACUACAGACACCAGCAAGAUGCAAGGGACCACCCCCACAAGCAAGCCAGGAAACCCACCAUCCACCUCCACGUCGUCAGCUGCCACAGUUCAAGGGACCACCCCUACAAGCAAGCCAGGAAACCCACCGACCUCCACUGUGAUAUCACCCUCCACUGUUCAAGGGACCACCCCUACAAGCAGCCCGGGAAACUCAUCACCCACCCCCACGACAUCGCCCCACCUGUCUCAGCAGGUCAGCUCUUCAACCAGCUCCGGAGCCUCAACAGCCACCCCUGAUGCAACCUCCAGUGUGGCCCAGCAGAAGACCAGCCCUCCAGCCACCUUGGGAAGCUCGGCAGCCACCACUGCUGCAAGUCCUGUCCCCACACAUGCGAGCAGCCCUCCAGCCACCCCAGAAGGUUUAGGGACUGCUGUCACAUCCCCUCCCAGCGUGGAAGCUCAGGGAGGCCAGCCUUCGGACCAGUUGACCAGCACCGCUACGAGCACCGGAGUCCUAACGAGCAGCCUUUCCCCUGGGCUCAAGGACUACGGUAUCUCUUCUGCCACAGCUGUCACCAAGCAGCCUCACUUUUCUCCCAGUUCUCCAGGCCAGGAACUGGCCUCUUCCACCAGACCUGGAAGCAUUGACACUUCUGUUACCCCUUUUGAUGGAUCCGUCUCCCCCACCACUAGAAAAGCAUCUCUGUCUUUACCACCUGGCAGCGUCAACAAGGUCUCAGAGGCAGCCACCACGCCGACUCUUGGAACAGACCAGAGGAGCCAUGACGCCAGCUCUGUGUCAACCAAACCUGCAAGUGCUGACCAGAGCCCUGCCAGCGCACAGCCAUCAGCCCCGGUCCCGGGGGACCAGACGGCGAGCAGCAGUCCUGGCCACCAGCACCCUAACGCUUCUUUCCAAAAUGAGGUCAUCUGUAAAGACCAGGUGCAAAAUAAUUGGCCCACCGUGUAUCUGAAAGAAGCUAAAACCUGUGCCGAGUGGAGGACCACCAGCAUCAACAUCUCCUUCUUUGAGAGCUUCUGCUCGACGGGCCAGCACGCUUUCAACGCCAGCAGGGAAACGUGCACAGUGAUGCUGACCUCCCGCGAGCCCCGCUCCCAGCACUGGGCUGUGCAGGCGGUUGUGCACCUCCCUUUGGACCCUGAAAAAGUCCUCGAGGAGCUGAAGGAGAAGAAGGACAAGUUAGAGGAGCUCGGCAUCGCCAACAUCACCUAUGACAAAAUGGAGAGGGAGAUGGUAAUCAACGAUGAGUUCAGCACGCCCCUGAUCAUCACCAUCGUCACCCUGGCCGUCUCCCUGCUGCUGAUCGCGGCCAUCUACGGCUGCUGCCACCAGCGCUUCUCCCGAAAGAAGGACCAGCACAUCCACCCUGAUCUCCCCGGGUUUGAUGAUGGACAUGUGGCCCUGAUCUUUAAUCAGCGCCUGACUGAGGAGCUGCAGACGAUGGAGAACGGCUACCACGAUAACCCCACGCUGGAGGUGAUGGAGACCUCCUCCGAAAUGCAGGAGAAGAAGGUGAACCUCAACGGCGAGCUGGGGGAUAGCUGGAUUGUUCCUCUCGACACCCUCAUGAAGGAGGACCUGGAGGAAGAGGAGGACACUCAUUUAUAGGAUACAGAACUCGGAUCAAGCAAAAAACGACCACGCCCAAAAAAACCCCACCCAUAAUCCCUACACGCACAUGCACACAACUCCAAAACAAGGCAAAAUCCCCAACAAAUCCCAGAAAAUCCCUUAAUGAACUAAUCACGGCCCCUUGUGCCACCACAUGGGGUGCAGGAUGGAAGAAGAAGGGACACGAGAGGACACCUCCGGGCCGCGUUGUCAACACAAGCCACCAUGGUGGCCGCAUCCGGACAAGCACCCUCCAUCACCCACGGGUGCUCAGCAGGACCUACCACGCCAGACCUGACCAGCCGUGGACGAACGGGGUGGCUUUACUCCCGAAGAGCUGCUGGUGUCUCCUCCCAGUGUGUCCCCCUCCUGUCCCGCGUCCAACCACAGCCUCCAGCUAUCGAGCAACUCGAAAAAUAAAGAGAAAUAAAUGUAAAUAGGAUGGGAGAGGGAGCACAACGCCCGACAGCAAACCGGCACCUGGCAAUUAGGGCUAGAAAAAUCCUCUGGCCCACGCGGUUUAGUCAUCGCUCUGCCCUCCCCAGCACGAAACACCCAGGUAUUGAGCAGAAAAAGCUGGAACAGCCUGUUCCUUUUUAAUCCAGUUUCCAUCCUCUCCCCAUAAACUGCCGGCUAAAACGCACAAGAGCCCCACGUUGUGCCACAGGCAAAGGAACGGAUCCAGACCCGGCCGGAUGGGAGGGACGCAGCAGUGCCGAGCGAUGCUCAGUCCCGCGCCACCGCCAGCUGCGCCGCAAAGGGCUGCGGGACGGAUCCUGCACCUGGUUGGAGGCCAGGAGAGGCAGAGCAGCUUCUUGUAUUGAUGCAAAGGGGAGGGAGAGGGAAAGGAGUAAUUCCUGGAGUUCAUCCCUCCUAGGAAGGGUGUAAUGAGACCAAGAGCGAUGCCUGGUCGCUAGCCCAGGCACAAGGUUGGGGGUUUCGUGGUGCAGGGGCCCAGCUCCAGCGCAGACGAGCUCUGCCACUGCAUUUCCCCACAGAAGUGCUGAUUGCCUGCCGGUAAUUACGCAGCAGCACCUCACGGCCCACAUCCAUCCUCGCCCCAGACCGUGGGUUACGUGCACCGUGAUGGUUUGUGAUUUUUGCGGUCGUGUUUUCCUGCAUGAGCAGGAGAGAUAAAAGAGCAACAGAAGCACGAGCCAGGUAGCUUGGUGGUAUUCAGGGUUUUCCAUCGGUACAGCCCUUGGUGUUUCCUCCCCACAAGGUUUAUAAGCUCAGUUCACACUCUCAAGCUCUUCUUCAAAAGCCAGUAAAAUAACAGAGACCUGCAAAGAGACUUCCAGCGCAGCAGCGAAGCUGGGACUGAGCUUUGUCCUGCAGCCCUUGGUCUCUUGUUCAGGUCUCCCUUUGCCGUAAGUCUUUAGAGGGGAAAAGAAAAAUAUGCGGGAGUAGAAAGUGGCUGGUCUGAGGCCAUUUCUGAUUUUCCACUCCCCAUCACAGCUCGUAAAUGGCUCUAAAAGGAGGGGGAGAGUUUCACACCGGGCACCUUUGCUCUGGCAUCAGUGAAGCAGCUCAGCCCCGGCAGAAGCAGGGAUCAGAGCGGGGCUCCAUCCUCCAGCACAUGAGAAAGAGAGGAGAGGACCAGAAGGUCACUUGGGCGAGUGCAUCUCCCAACACAUGAGGAUGGUGGCGGUCCCAAGCCCUCUGCAAGCCAGAGGAGCUGCAGAUGAAGAGGGAUGCCCGAGCACGGCCCUUCCACUCCCCCUGCUUGCCAUAAACCGUGCAUUCGCCAGCAGACGAUGGGGUGAUUUCCUUUGGGCUCUGCCACCACGUCAACACGACGGGGAUCCACUCCCGUGGCUGCCCUGAACGAGGGGAAAAGCAGAGCUGAGCAAUGGAAAGCUUGGAGAAACCCAGGUCGAGUCAGUCCUUGGCAGUACUCACAAAGGAGAGGGUUGGGGCCGUUUGCUCGGCCCCCGGACAGAAAGCUGGCAG